AUGCCUGACUUGAAAGAUCUUCCCGCCCAGGGUACCGGAUUUCGACUCCCCACAACUGAAGAAAUCGACAUCAUUCUUCGACCUUAUCGCUGUGAAAAUUUGCGAUGGUACGCGAUGUAUCCGUUUCCGGAUCAUAUAUGUCCCUAUCUCUUGCGGACUUAUUACAGUGCCUUGAACUCAGACCAGAGAGUCAAAGAUGAUACGCAAAUGGAAGAAUGGAUCGAUACGGAAAAAUUUGGAGAAGAGGCGGAAUGGGCUGUUCUUGAUAGUGAGGACUUGUUUAAUUUUGGGCCUGGUUCGGAGUCAUGGCGUCAGAUCUAUGAUAUUAUACCUGAGCUUGCUGGUCCGCUUUUGUUACAGCCUUUUCAAGUUCGUUCUGGUGAUGGUGAGUGUGUAGUCAAGCGUGUCCCUGGUCCAGGGGAUGAUAUCCUGAAGAAUAUGUAUAUCUAUUUCAAGAGAGAUCUUGCUACCGCUAAAGAGGAUGAUCCUGCAGCGUGGCUUCAUGAGCGGGAUUCGGUGAUUGAAUCGACUGGGAUGGCAUUACAGAAAGUUGUUACGAGCACGUAUAUGGUUGUUGCAGAUCAGGAAGCCUUCCAGACGGGAAAGCUUCUGGUACUGUAUUUGGAUGGCUUUCGAAGGGUUAUUCGUGAGGUCCGUAUUGAUGAUGAGCUUGAUGAUAUUGGUAGUAUUGUUGGAUCUUGGACGGAAACGAGUGAUCUUCCGGACUAUUCGAUUCUUUCGGAGAGAUAUCGAGUGAAUGGUGAUCUGGGGCGCGAAUUGUAUCAAUUGAUUGAGGUCCUUGCGGAUUUGUGA